UGGAAAACCACCUUUUCAAAGUCCACCACUUCUGGAAAGCAAUGUAUUUCUAUAGUCAAAGGCUCAAAUCAAACAGUCAAACAUACAUAUUUGCAGAACAAAAAUGUAGAAAAUCCAGGUGACCAAGUACAUGCUGAAAAUAAUUAUUUGUACCAUUUUGACAAUAGGAUUGCAUUGAGCUCUCAGUCAAAUAUUUCUGAAAAUCAGAGAUUUAAAUAUGAAGAAAAAAGUGGUAAGUGGUAUCCAUUUGGCGGGUACUUCACUGAGCAGUCAACCUUAGAAGGUAAACACAAGAUUUUCAGUGAAAACAGAAUUGGUCAGUGCAGUAAAUCUGAGAAAAUAUUUAACCAGGGUUCAAACAUUAAUAAAUGUCUGAGGACUCAUUCUCCAGAGAGCCAUUAUGAAUGCAAUAAAUGUAGGGAAGUCUUUUAUCAAAGCUCCAAACUUAUUUUACAUAAGAGAAUACAUAUGAGAGAGAACCUAAAUAAAUAUAAAGAAUGUGGGAAAAUUCUUAACCAGUCCUCCAAUGUUGGUGACCAUCAGAGGAUUCAUGUGGGAAAAAAACAUAACAUAUGUAAUAAACCUGGGAACAUGUUUAGUCAUUCAUCAAAACUAUCUAUAAAUAAAACAAUCCAUAGUGGUCAGAAAGGUUACAUUUGUAAGGAAUGUGGCAAAGCCUUUAAGUGGCCCUCAAGAUUAAUUCCACAUCAGCGAAUGCAUACUGGCAAGAAACUUUACAAAUGUGAAGAAUGUGGUAAAACACAUAGGCGAAUCGUUAAUGGAGAAAAACUUUACAAAUGUCAAGAAAGUGGCAAGUCCUUUAACUGGCACUCAUACUUUAUUGGACAUCAUAAAGUUCAUGCUGGAGAGAAACCUUACCAAUGUAAAGAAUGUGGCAAGGCCUUUACCCACCCCUCAAACCUUAUUGUACAUAAGAGAAUUCACACUGGAGAGAAACCUUACGAAUGUAAAGAAUGUGGCAAGGCCUUUACCCAGUCCUCACCCCUUAUUAUACAUCAGAGAAUCCACACUGGAGAGAAACCUUACGAAUGUAAAGAAUGUGGCAAGGUCUUUAGACAGCAGUCAACCCUUAUUCAACAUCAGAAAAUCCAUACUGGAGAGACACCUUAUCAAUGUCAACAAUGUGGCAAAGCCUUUAGGCAGUACUCAAACCUCAGUGAGCACUACAGAAGUCAUACUGGAGAGAAACCAUGUGAAGAAUGUGGGAAGAUCUUUACCCAACACCGGAAUCUUAUUCAAUGGCACAGAAUUGAUGCUUGAGAGAAACCUUACCAAUCUAAGGAAUGUGGGAAUACCUUUAUUCCAGGUUAAGCUUCAUUCUGUAUCAAAGAAUUUAUACUGGAGGAAAAGACUGAAAAAUGUAUAGAAUGUGGUAAAAUUUUUAGGACUGCUCAACCUUUACUCAGUAUCACAGAUUUCAGACUGAGGAGAAACAUACAAAGGAAAGAAUGUGCCCAGCAUAUUAGCUGAAACUCACAACUUGGUCAGUAUCCUUAUUGUCUUUCAGGAUCAAAACCCUAAAUUACAGAGAAAGUUGCACAGCCUUUAACCAGAACUCAAUCCUUAAUAUUUCAACGUGCACGCUAGAUAUAAGCCCUACAAACAAAAUAAGGAAAGUCUUCAUAUUUAAUGUACACUUUAGGAGAUACCAGGGAGUCUAUAAAAGUAAUUUGAAAGCUAUAAAUACUUAGAAAAGUAUUUAAUUGAACAUCAAAAGUCAUCACAAAAGUCAGAGAAAGAGCAGUAUGUCAGUCACUAUUCAGAUAUUGCAUCAAAAUAUUUAUUAUAAGGAAUAAUACAAAGUUAAACACUUUUCAAAAUGUAUAUGGUAUUAUGCUUCAAAAGAUUAAGUGGAUGAAUUAUUGCAUAAAUAUAACUAAUUUCAUUCUGAGUUUUUUUGGGAGACCUUGGUGGAUCAGUUUGUUGUGUCUAACUUCGGCUCAGGUCAUGAUCUCCCAGGUCAUGAAUU